AUGAAUGGUACGUACUUGACUAAUAUUUGAAUUCUAAGACAUUGGUGUAGAACAUGGUACAUCAUGUCUUUCUAAGGCUUUUUUAUUUUGAAUCAAGUAAAUUGUAAGAUGACUUCACUUCUGGGUGUAUUUUAAUGAUGUGAGAUCUAAGGUUUAGUGUGGAAUCAUCCUGGGCUGUUUCCCCAGAUUUAGAUUUUCAAUGUAAAACAUUUGUGGUCCUCUGUAGCUCAAUUGGUAGAGCAUGGCGCUUGUAACGCCAGGGUAUUGGGUUUGAUCCCCGGGACUACCCAUACUUAAAAAUGUAUGCACACAUGACUGUAAGUCGCUUUGGAUAAAAGCGUCGGCUAAAUGGCAUAUUAAAAUAUUAUAUUACAUUUGUAAAGAACUAAUCAAUUCUCUAUACCUGCUGUCUGAGGGCUGUUGCCACUCCCACCCAUUCAUGAUCAAUAUCAGUACAGUAUGUACAUGACAUGAUGAUCAAUGCAACAUGUUAAUCAAUUUAAGGUAGGCCUGAACUUGAUUGUGUAAAUCUCUGCCUGUUUUUGAGUACAUUAAGUUCUUCAGAUGGCAGUUAGAGAGCCACAACCUUUUUUUGAGGAGUCAUUAGACAAAAGAUUAUAUGGCGCGGGAUCAAUGUACUUGACAUGUACUUACAUGUUAUCCUGAAGUCUAGAACCUGUUUUGCUAACUUUCCACUCCUCAGCAAACAUGGCAUGACAUGGAGUGGAAUAAUAACUCGAACAGACGGGUACCCAGGCUACUUACAUGUUACUUUACAUUUUAAAAUAAAUAUGUGUAUUUGCAUAACGUAUAUGCAUCACUACAUGUACCUACUUGUCUUGAAAACAGCCUAACUUAUUCUGUGUUUUUAUUGCUUGAAAUAGUUAAAGCAGGCCUUUCAAAUGGCAAGAACAGCAGCAGGCUGAAGGACCUGGUCCCUGUCCCUCAGCCCCAGUCAGAGGAGAAGAUGCAGGAGAGGGGCCAAUGGAGCAACAAACUGGAGUUCAUCCUGUCUGUGAUGGGAUCCAUCAUCGGCCUGGGGAACAUGUGGCGCUUUCCUUACCUCUGCUACAAGAAUGGAGGAGGUGAGUUCUAAAGGAUGAGCCCAGAGGAGGUCACAGACAUUUAAUUUUGAGUCACAAAGGCAAGCAUGUAUUGAUGUGUUUGAUAGGUCGUCAUGUUAAAUAAGGAUUUGUUCUUAAUUGAAAAUAAUAGUUUGCAAAUGAUUUUCUUGACUUAUUCAUUUUAGCUCCUAGUGGAGCAAAGAGCCUCAACCGUGCAUCUCCACUGACCGAUUGCAAAUGGCUAUUUCAAUUUGAGUUUAAUCACAUUUAUUUGAAUACACUGAGGCCUAGCUAUAAAAGCAGUGUUGGUUCUAAUUGGGACUCAGGCCUAUUUAGAUCAGGCCAUGGGUUUAGGGAAAUGCUUAUGUAGGUGCUACAUCAGACAUUUCUCUGCGGGGUGUAUGGGAUCAGAGGUUAGGGGUCAGAGAAUGUCACAGCUGUUGUUUCCCCUCUGUCCUAAAUAGCCUGUGGUCAAGCAGUUGCCCCUGCGGCGUUUGCCAUGCUCCGGAAAUCCAUCCAUCCAAGCACUCUAAACAUCUUCAGAUCGGCUGACACCAAAAGUCGACAGACUGCGUCAUUAACUCAGCGUGGAAAUACAAUAUGUUGACAUUGAUUGAGAUUAAUCACAGACUGAAAUUUGAAUCGUUGAAACCGUAUGGAUGAAACACCUUAUUAUAGUCUCUACAAGAGGUAAUUCAUUCCUUGGCAAUCCUAGCCUUGUGGCAUGGGGCAUUAUCUUGCUGAAAAAAUCAGUUUGCAGAUGGAUACACUGCUGCCAUGAAGGGAUGCACCUGAUUGGCAAUGAUGUUCAGAUAUCCUGUGGCAUUUAAACGUUGCAGCACUUUUAUCAAGGGGCCCAAUGUGUGCCGUGAAAACGAACCCAACACCACCACCAGCCUGCAAUGUUGACACGCGGCAUGAUGGAUGCAUGUACUCAUGUGGUUUUCUCCAUAUAGUCCUCCCAUCAGUGUGAAACGGCAGGAACAGGGAUUAAUCAGACCCGGCAAUGUUUUUACAAUUCUCCAGUAUCCAGUGUUUUUGUUUUUUUGCCCACUGGAACCACAGGUUCUUGUUUUUUGCUGAAAGAAGUGGAACUCUGUAAUGUCGUCAGCUGCCAUACCCCAUUCCUCUCAAGGUACGACGAGUUGUGCAUUCUUUUAUGGGUCUUUGGGCACCAAUGUUGUACUUGACUGUCAGUUGACUAACUGUAGCCUGUCUGUUACUCUGCACAAUUCGUGUCAGCCUCCUUUGUCCUCUUUCAUGGCUGGAUGUCCUUUGGGUGGUGGACCAUUCUUGAUACAUACAGGAAACUGUUGAGCGUAAAAAACCCAGCAGCGUUGCAGUUCUUGACAUACUCAAACCGGUGCUCCUGGCACCUACUACCAUACCCCGUUCUACUCCGGCCACCAGCUCUGCACCCUCCGCUUCAACUUGCCCAUGCCCCCCCCCUCUUCUCCUUCACACAAAUUCAGACAGCUGAUGUUCUGAAAGAGCUGCAAGAUCUGGACCCAUACAAAUCAUCUGGGCUAGACAAUCUGGACCAUUAUAAAAUUAGCUGCCAAAAUUGUCGCAACCCCUAUUACUAGCCUGUUCAACCUCUCUUUCGUAACGUCUGAGAUCCCCAGAGAUUGGAAAGCUGCCGCUGUCAUCCCCCUCUUCAAAGGGGGUGACACUCUAGAUCCAAACUGUUACAGACCUAUAUCCAUCCUGCCCUGCCUUUCGAAAUUAUUUGAAAGCCAAGUUAUCAAACAGAUCACCGACCAUUUCGAAUCCCACCGUACCUUCUCCGCUAUGCAAUCUGGUUUCCGAGCUGGUCAUGGGUGCACCUCAGCCACGCUCAAGGUCCUAAACGAUAUUAUAACCGCGAUCAAUAAAAGAUAGUACUGUGCAGCCGUCUUCAUCGACCUAGCCAAGGCUUUCGACUCUGUCAACCACCGCAUUCUUAUUGGCAGACUAAAUAGCCUUGGUUUCUCAACUGACUGCCUCGCCUGGUUCACCAACUACUUCUCAGAUAGAGUUCAAUGUGUCAAAUCGGAGGGCCUGUUGUCUGGACCUAUGGCAGUCUAUGGGGGUGCCACAGGGUUCAAUUCUCGGGCCGACUCUAUUCUCUGUGUAUAUCAAUGAUGUCACUCUUGCUGCUGGUGACUCUCAGAUCCACCUCUAUGCAGACGACACCAUUUUGUAUACAUCUGGCCCUUCAUUGGACACUGUGUUAACAAACCUCCAAACGAGCUUCAAUGCCAUACAACACUCCUUCCGUAGCCUCCAACUGCUCUUAAACACUAGUAAAACUAAAUGCAUGCUUUUCAAUCGAACGCUGCUGGCACCCGCCCACCCGACUAGAAUCACUACUCUCGGCAGGUCUGACCUAGAGUAUGUGGACAACUAGAGUCUACCUAGGUAUUUGUAAACUCUCCUUCCAGACUCACAUUAAGCAUCUCCAAUCCAAAGUUAAAUCUAGAAUCUGCUUCCUAUUUCGCAACAAAGCCUCCUUCACUCAUGCUGCCAAACAUGCCCUCGUAAAACUCACUGCUAGGCAAAUCCCUGCCUUAUCUUAGCUCAUUGGUCACCAUAGCAACACCCACCCGUAGUAUGCGCUUCAGCAGGUAUAUUUCACUGUUCAUCCCCAAAGCCAACACCUCCUUUGGCCACCAUUCCUUCCAGUUCUCUGCUGCCAAUGACUGGAACGAACUGCAAAAAUCUCUGAAGCUGGAGACUAUUAUCUCCCUCACUAACUUCAAGCAUCAGUUGUCAGAGCACCUUACCGAUCACUGCACCUGUACACAGCCCAUCUGAAAUUAGCCCACCCAACUACCUCAUCCCCAUAUUGUUAUUUAUUUUGCUCAUUUGCACCCCAGUAUCUCUAUUUGCACAUCAUCUCUUGCACAUCUAACAUUCCAGUGUUAAUACUAAUUGUCAUUAUUUUGCUCUGGCCUAUUUAUUGCCUUACCUCCAUAACUUGCUACAUUUGCACACACUGUAUAUAUAUUUUGUAUUUUUGACUAGGUUUUGUUUACCCCAUAUGUAACUCUGUGUUGUUGUUUUUAUCGCACUGCUUUGCUUUAUCUUGGCCAGGUCGCAAUUGUAAAUGAGAACUUGUUCUCAACUGGCUUACCUGGUUAAAUAAAGGUGAAAUAAAUAAAUAAAAAAUAAAGUUCAAAGGCACUUGAAUCUUUUGUCUUGCUCAUUCACCCUCUGAAUGGCGCACACACACACAAUCCAUGUCUCAAUUGUCUCGAGGAUUACAAAUCCUUCUUAAAUCUCCUCCCAUUCAUCUACACUGAUUUUAAAUGGACAUCAAUAAGGGAUCAUAGCUUUUACCUGGAUUCACCUGGUCAGUCUGUCAUGGAAAGAGCAGGUGUUCCUUAUGUUUUUUGUACACUCAUUGUAUAUUCUUUGUAUGACUCUCUCCCGUUCCUGUCCCCCAGGUGCAUUUCUUAUCCCCUACCUGAUCUUCCUGUUCACCUGUGGCAUACCUGUGUUCUUCCUGGAGACUGCUCUGGGCCAGUACACCAGCGAGGGAGGCAUCACCUGCUGGAGGAAGAUCAGUCCACUGUUUGAGGGUAACCUGCUCUUUCUUAUGGGAGUAUAUCUUCCUUUUAGGCAUUGUACUGUAAAUAAAGUUAUGCCAUACAAUAAGGGUUUGUGUCCAAGCUUUUUACACUUUUUCAUGUAUCACUGUUCUACAGUGAGGGGAAAAAGUAUUUGAUCCCCUGCUGAUUUUGUAUGUUUGCCCACUGACAAAGAAAUUAUCAGUCUAUAAUUUUAAUGGUAGGUUUAUUUGAACAGUGAGAGACAGAAUAACACCAAAAAAUCCAGAAAAACGAAUGUCAAAAAUGUUUUUGAUUUGCAUUUUAAUGAGGGAAAUAAGUAUUUGACACCCUCUCAAUCAGAAAGAUUUCUGGCUCUCAGGUGUCUUUUUAUACAGGUAACGAGCUGAGAUUAGGAGCACACUCUUAAAGGGAGUGCUCCUAAUCUCAGCUUGUUACCUGUAUAAAAGACACCUGUCUACAGAAGCAAUCAAUCAGAUUCCAAACUCUCCACCAUGGCCAAGACCAAAGAGCUCUCCAAGGAUGUCAGGGACAAGAUUGUAGACCUACACAAGGUUGGAAUGGGAUACAAGACCAGCUUGGUGAGAAGGUGACAACAGUUAGUGCGAUUAUUCGCAAAUGGAAGAAACACAAAAUAACUGUCAAUCUCCCUCGGCCUGGGGCUCCAUGCAAGAUCUCACCUCGUGGAGUUGCAAUGAUCAUGAGAACGGUGAGGAAUCAGCCCAGAUCUACACGGGAUGAUAUUGUCAAUGAUCUCAAGGCAGCUGGGACCAUAGUCACCAAGAAAACAAUUGGUAACACACUACGCCGUGAAGGACUGAAAUCCUGCAGCGCUCGCAAGGUCCCCCUGCUCAAGAAAGCACAUAUACAUGCCCGUCUGAAGUUUGCCAAUGAACAUGUGAAUGAUUCAGAGGAGAACUGGGUGAAAGUGUUGUGGUCAGAUGAGACCAAAAUGGAGCUCUUUGGCAUCAACUCAACUCGCCGUGUUUGGAGGAGGAGGAAUGCUGCCUAUGACCCCAAGAACACCAUCCACACCGUCAAACAUGGAUGUGGAAACAUUAUGCUUUGGGGGUGUUUUUCUGCUAAGGGGACAGGACAACUUCACCGCAUCAAAGGGACGAUGGACGGGGCCAUGUACCGUCAAAUCUUGGGUGAGAACCUCCUUCCCUCAGCCAGGGCAUUGAAAAUGGGUCGUGGAUGGGUAUUCCAGCAUGACAAUGACCCAAAACACACGGCCAAGACAACAAAGGAGUGGCUCAAGAAGAAGCAUAUUAAGGUCCUUUAGUGGCCUAGCCAGUCUCCAGACCUUAAUCCCAUAGAAAAUCUGUGGAGGGAGCUGAAGGUUCGAGUUGCCAAACGUCAGGCUCGAAACCUUAACUUGGAAAAGAUCUGCAAAGAGGAGUGGGACAAAAUCCCUCCUGAGAUGUGUGCAAACCUGGUGGCCAACUACAAGAAACAUCUGACCUCUGUGAUUGCCAACAAGGGUUUUGCCACCAAGUACUAAGUCAUGUUUUGUAGAGGGGUCAAAUACUUAUUUCCCUCAUUAAAAUGCAAAUUAAUUUAUAACAUUUUUGACAUGCGUUUUUCUGGAUUUAUUUGUUGUUAUUUUGUCUCUCACUGUUCAAAUAAACCUACCAUUUAAAAUUAUAGACUGAUCAUGUCUUUGUCAGUGGGCAAACGUACAAAGUCAGCAAGGGAUCAAAUACUUUUUUCCAAUAUGUACUUAUAUUGUAAUUACAAUGUAAUUACACAGUUACUAACAUAUUUGUACCUGUUUUAGUGACACUUACUACAGUGGGACUUUUUAUUAACUUUCGAUCCAUUCCUUACUGUCUGUCCCCAUCCUGUCUGUCCCCAUCCUGUCUGUCUCCAGGUCUUGGCUAUGGUACCCAGGUCAUCGUGGCUCUGCUGAACUCCUACUACAUCGUGGUCCUGGCUUGGGGAAUCUUCUACCUGUCUUUCUCCUUCUCCUGGGAACUCCCUUGGUCCUCCUGCAACAACACCUGGAAUACAGGUGAGACAACCAUAAUAAUGGAAAGGUCAACUAUGUUUUAAAGUGGCUUUGCUGUGUGGAGCGAUAUUACAAAUAUAAAAUGAUUGAAUUCCAAUAAAAUGUAUGUUGGCAAUCCAUAUUACUGCUUUAACACUUGUCAGUGAUUAUGGUGGUAAUGAUGCAAAAUGUACUUUUUUUUUUUACCUAAGAAAAUUGCGUGGAGUUUCAGAGGAGGAACUAUUCUGUCAACUACACCUUGCCCGAAAACUCCACUUCCCCCGUCAUUGAAUUCUGGGAGUAAGUAUUCAAAGCAAUUACAUUGAUGGAAGUUACAAUCUAUCUGCAAUAUUAAAGCUGAUCUACCCCCCCAAAAAUAAAAUAUUUUUGUUAUUCAACACAUCUCCAUUGAAAUAAGGUUUUUGUCCAGGACUUGGCUUAAUCUGUGUCCGGGAAACCGGACCCUGAAGGCUUUAAGCUUUUAUGAUAUUUUAACCUUAUUUGGAGUAGCUGAGGGUCCUAAAAAUCUGAAUAUCUAAACUAGAAUUGUUACUGCACUUCAUCCAUUGUGAUUUUGUUCUGACCCCCUGUGUUAUGUGUUUAUUCAGGAGAAGAGCCUUGAGGCUGUCGUCCGGCAUCGACCACAUGGGCUCUCUGAACUGGGACCUGGCCCUCUGUCUGGCCAUCGCCUGGGUCAUGUGUUACUUCUGCAUCUGGAAAGGGGUCAAAUCCACUGGGAAGGUGGGCUUGUUUCUUUCAAUUCUUCCUGUCUUUAUUUAUUUACUUCACCAGGGUCAUGUUCAUUAGGCAUUAACCCCUUACACUCAUGGGAAUUGGCCUAUAUGGAUAGGGCUAAAUUGAAAUGUUUCUUACAGAAGAAAUAUGGAAAGUAUUAAUUUUUUUAUUUUAUUUAUUUCACCUUUAUUUAACCAGGUAAGCCAGUUGAGAACAAGUUCUCAUUUACAACUGCGACCUGGCCAAGAUAAAGCAAAGCAGUGCGAUAAAAACAACAACACAGAGUUACAUAUGGGGUAAAACAAAACAAUGUCAAAAAUACAACAGAAAAAAAUAUAUAUACAGUGUGUGCAAAUGUAGCAAGUUAUGGAGGUAAGGAAAUAAAUAGGCUUUAGUGCAAAAUAAUUACAAUUAAUAUUAACACUGGAAUGAUAGAUGUGCAAGAGAUGAUGUGCAAAAUAGAGAUACUGGGGUACAAAUGAGCAAAAUAAAUAACAAUAUAGGGAUGAGGUUGGGAUGAGGUUGAGCGGGCUAAUUUCAGAUGGGCUGUGUACAGGUGCAGUGAUCGGUAAGGUGCUCUGACAACUGAUGCUUAAAGUUAGUGAGGGAGAUAAGUGUCUCCAGCUUCAGAGAUUUUUGCAAUUUGUUCCAGUCAUUGGCAGCAGAGAACUGGAAGGAAUGGCGGCCAAAGGAGGUGUUGGCUUUGGGGAUGACCAGUGAGAUAUACCUGCUGGAGCGCAUACUACGGGUGGGUGUUGCUAUGGUGACCAAUGAGCUAAGAUAAGGCGGGGAUUUGCCUAGCAGUGAUUUAUAGAUGGCCUGGAGCCAGUGGGUUUGGCGACGAAUAUGUAGUGAGGACCAGCCAACAAGAGCGUACAGGUCACAGUGGUGGGUAGUAUAUGGGGCUUUGGUGACAAAACGGAUGGCACUGUGAUAGACUACAUCCAAUUUGCUGAGUAGAGUGUUGGAGGCUAUUUUGUAAAUGACAUCGCCGAAGUCAAGGAUCGGUAGGAUAGUAUAUGCAUAACCAUGGUAGCAAUCAAAAGGGAACAGUUUGGAGAUUAUGGGAAAAUUAUUAGACUAAAGGUGUUGACAAAACAGUUAAUCUGACACAAGACUGAAUUCAAACAUUACACUGUUGAUCUUAUGUGCAUUUACUGUACUUUUCGCCACACAUGUUGAUAAAGAAAUAUGAAAAUACUCUGGAUACAUUCAGUAACAUAAGAAUAUUAAUGGAAAUUUGGAGUAGAUGCAACAAAAAAAAUACAAGGUUUUGAGUGAUAGGUCUAACUGGUGUCUCCAAGUGGCCACACAACUCUCCAAAGUGUGCACAGUUCCUAUGUAAUUUCAAUACGCUUUUAACACUCAAAGAAGAGUUUUCCACUAUAAGGUGCUUUUUUGAGCUCACCUUGCUGUGCCGUUGAGGAACUAGAUCAAGAAGACUUGUAGUUUUCUUUGGAACAUGGCACUUGAGGUUGGCGGCACCAUAAUUGGGGAGGAUGGGCUUGUGGUAAUGGCUGGAGCGGAAUCAGUGGAAUGAUAUCAAACACAUGGUUUCCAUUCCAUUUGCUCCGUUCUGGCCGUUAUGAGCUGUCCUCCCCUCAGCAGCCUCCUGUGGCACCAGGGUUGUGGGUUCUAUUCCCGCGGGGGACCAGUACGAACAAAUAUGAAAAUGUUUGCACUCACUACUUACUGUAAGUCGCUCUGGAUAAGAGUGUCUGCUCAAUGACUAAAAUGUAAUGUAAAAUGAACACAGCCCUGCUUCCCCGCCUUUUACACAAUUACUGUUGUUCACGCAUUCCAAAAAUGGUCCAUUAUAAAUCGCAAUCUGGUCAGGUGGGCAUCAUUUGAAAGCGUUUUCUAUUGCCAACAUGGCUAGCUAAGUUACAGAUCAGGGUCAUGUUCAUCUUACAAGGCAAUUCAAAGAAGCAGAUAGUAAUUUCGUGUGCAUAGAGUGACGAGUGCAUUCAAAUGUGUGUUCCCCUUCACAUUCCUUCACCAUACGACAAACAGGCUCAUUCUGUUCAGAACAACCCAUGGCAUGACGCCAUAUCAUCUUGUAACUGUACAUAGUGAUCAUAAACGUUGACACUGUAUAUUACAUGUGUUUUUUGAUAUGGAAAUGUGAAGUGCACAUUUGGACUAAUGGGUUGAUUGGCUUGCUUGUAUGACGUCAAAGCGGUAUUUGUUGUAAUCCUUAACAGCUCAUCUUUCGAAAUAUGUAGAGUCCUCUUAAUUUACAGCGUUUCCCUCUCUCAGACAACAAAAAAGUUGCAAAAGUUGCCAACUAGUAAGAGGGAUGGUUUAGAACCGCGUGGUUUAGAACCGCUUUCAGUCAAAACCAAUACUGGGCUGUAAAGCGGAGACCUUGAGCUCUGAUGUCAUGUAUAGCGUGUUACUGUACAGCCACUGCGUUCCAAUUUAGGCGCUUAUCAGUGUCCAAAUCUUCUGUUUUGAACCCGUAUACGGGUACGAGGGUAAAGAGCUACACAGAAGAAGCAGAGUGAAACAGGGAGGGACUACCUGGACUGAGAAACAUUCAUUUCUUUCUUCCAAUGAAUAAAAUAAAAAAAAGUGUUUUCCUUUAAUGAACAUGACCCUGAUCUGUUGGAUCACUGAACUUUUCAAUAUGAUUCCAUCCAAUCUACAGGUGGUGUAUUUCACAGCUACCUUCCCCUACCUGAUGCUGAUAGUUCUGCUGAUUCGAGGAGUCACUUUACCUGGAGCGGACCUAGGGAUCAAGUUCUACCUAUACCCUGACCUGUCAAGACUAGCAGACCCUCAGGUAGGUACCACAACAACAAUAAUAACCCCUGGCCCCUGCUGUUACAUAAUAGAAACCCUGUUGACUGAACCACACACUCGCAUCAGGUAGCUUAUUGUUGUGGAAGCAAUGGUAUGACUGACUGAAAUUACAUUUUAUACUCAGAAUAGCAAACAAACAGUCUACUUUCAGUAUUUUACGGUGACGUGACUAUCAGAACAUAAUGAGGUAUGUUCGGGACUGGCAUGAUUUCAAAGAAAUUGUCUGUAAUAGUUAUCUCAAUAUUACCCAAAGUCUUCCCACACUGGGGAAUUUGAAGUUUGGAAGAAGGUCCUUGGGUGAAGGUCCUCCAGGUGUGGGUGUAGAUAUCCCAGGGUUUCCUGCUAGCUGGAAUGCUAUUUUCUGCUCAGUCCAUCUGUGUUCCAUGAAAGAGUCUGUAGCAGGCUGUGAGUGGUGGGGUUGCACGGAGGGGCAGGACACUGCAGUGAAGGUAAACACUGACCUCCAGGACCCUCCGGCUGCUAGACUCCCCCUCAGUCUCAGGGCUCAGCCCUCAACUGGCUUAGCCUGGUCUGGACCAAAGCCUGGUCUUUUCAGGUUCAGCAUCAAAGUGCUAUUCUCCACAUGGUGGGCUGGGAAAUUCGGAAUUGGAACUCACUGGUGGGCCGUAGCAUGGCUGAUGCCAUAGAUUUAGAGUUUGGCAAACUCAGUACCAAAACCUAUUGUGUUUGUCUGCAGGGGGUUUGAGCCAGUGGGAUUGAUGGCAUUGACACCACAGCUUUCGCCUGCCCUUUCUCGAAACCCACCCAUCCACACCCUAGCGGGGCAGAUAUUUUGAAUGUAUCAUCAUCCCAGGGCCUUUUGCUGCCCCCAAUCUCACCUCAGAUCUUCCGUGUCUGGUAGGUGAUUGAGAGGUGGGGAUCGUUAAUCAAUGUUUAGACCACAAGACGUUUAACUGACUGGUUGACAAUUCACCUCUGCAGUGUCACUGGUCCUUAAUGAUUAGGUGAACUCAUUAGGGACAGAGAGGAAGGUAAAACAAGCAUGUGCUGUGGUACUCCACAUGAGGCUGCUCUUUAACUCUCACAUUCUCAAAACACACAUGACUAGAGGUGUGUUUUAUUUAUCCACAUGCGUGUUGUACGUUUUCAAGCAUUUGGGACAGAUGUAAAAAAAUAUAUAAAUACAUGGUGGCCCACAGUCAGGAAACCUGCCAAAACAAAAACAGGUCACACUCCAUUACUUUAUAAAAGGAGGUUUGUAUUUAUUCAUGAGCUUAGGCAUGAUCCAAUAGCAUCCCUAGAUGACACACCUUUGCAUUUAUUAGUCCAUUUUCUUCUACAGUAGUUGCUUGACUGUCCUCUGUUUGUGUGUACCCUCACCUCUCUCUGUAUGACAGGUAUGGAUGGAUGCAGGCACUCAGAUCUUCUUCUCCUAUGCCAUCUGUCUAGGCUCCCUCAUAGCAUUGGGGAGUUACAACAAGUACAACAACAACUGCUACAAGUACGCUAAAGAUGCAUUAAACACACUUAUCAAACACACUAUGGUAAUUGGGGCUUCUGUUUUUAUUAUUCCCUUAUAAAAGGGAAACAAACACCCCUUAAAUCUUCAUGUUUUUGGUGUCUUGUAUUGCAGAGACUGCCUGGCCCUGUGCUUCCUGAACAGUGGGACAAGCUUUGUGGCAGGCUUUGCCAUCUUCUCCAUCCUUGGUUUCAUGGCUUAUGAACAGGAUGUCCCCAUCUCAGAGGUAGCAGAGUCUGGUGAGUGUGUGUGUGUGUGUGUGUGUUAACUUCAAUAAUUUGUUCAAAUGCAAGUAUAAUGUUAUUUCGCUAAUAUAUAUGAUACCCUGUUCUCUUUUCAUUAGGUCCUGGUCUGGCCUUCAUUGCGUACCCUCGUGCUGUGGCCAUGAUGCCGUUUUCUUCGCUAUGGGCCGUUUUCUUCUUUAUCAUGAUCAUCCUGCUAGGGUUGGACAGUCAAGUAAGGCCUCUUAAGUAAUUUACAAUGUUUAUGAACAUACUGUCAAGCAAAUGGACCCGGAUAAGGAUAUAAUGGACAAUUUCUGUACAACGAGAACUGAGAGGAGAUCCGAGAGCAUCACUAUGUAAUCAAACAUACCUAGCCUAACAUGAUAUCAGAGAUGUUCACUAUUUAUGUUACCAAACAUGUUUUCCUUUCUCUCCAGUUUGUGUGUGUAGAGAGCUUGACAACGGCCAUGGUGGACAUGUACCCCGAGGUGUUCCGUCGUAAGAACCGCAGGGAGCUCUUUCUGGCUUUAGUGGCCUUCAUCUCCUUCCUCAUGGGCCUGGUCAUGCUGAUGGAGGUAGGCAUCACAUCUGGAAUUUGGAAUUAACCCUCAUGGGUUAGUUAGGGGGGGACACCUGCCUGGGGACUGGGUUGGGGAUAAACCCUCAAGGGCUAUUUCAUUGUGUUCUUUAGCUGUAAUAUGCAGGCAGACAUAAAGUCAAACUUACCAGGUGGCUGGUCGAGAUCGCAUUCAAAGUAAACAAAAAAUAUAUAUUUUGAUUUGUUUUAUUAGCUAGGACAUUUUCAUUUUGUGGACAGAAACUACUUCAGAGUGGUUAACAACCUCGUGACUGUGGUUCAGGACAGCAUAACACAUUGUUAUACACUAUAUGACCAGAAGUAUGUGGACACCAGGGGCCUCCCGAGUGGCGCAACGGUCUAAGGUACUGCAUCGCAGUGUUGAGGCGUCACUACUGCCUGGAGGUUCGAUCACAGGCUGUGUCACAGCCAGCCGUGACCGGGAGUCCCAUAGGGGGGCGCACAAUUGGCCCAGCGUCGUCCGGGUUAGGGGAGGGUUUGGCCCGGGGGGGCUUUCCUUGGCUCAUUGCGCUCUAGCGACUCCUUGUGGUAGGCCAGGCGCCUGCAAGCUGACUUCGAUCGUCAGUUGAGCUGUGUUUCCUCCGACAGAUUGGUGCGGCUGGCUUCCGGGUUAAGCGAGCAGGUGUUAAGAAGCAGCGCAGCUUGGCGGGUCAUGUUUCGGAGGACGCAUGACUCUACCUUCGCCUCUCCUGAGCCCGUUGGGGAGUUGCAGCGAUGAGACAAGAUCGUAACUACCAAUUGGAUAUCACGAAAUUGGGGGGAAAACAUCACAAAGGUGUUCAAUGGGGUUGAGGUCAGGGCUCUGUGCAGGCCAGACAAGUUCUUCCACACCGAUCUCGACAAACCGUUUCUGUAUGGACCUCGCUUUGUGCAUGGGGGCAUUGUCAUGCUGAAACAGGAAAGGGCCUUCCUCAAACUGUUGCCACAAAGUUGGAAGCACAGAAUCGUCUAGGAUGUCAUUGUAUGUUAUAGCGUUAAGAUUUCCCUUCACUUGAACUAAGGGGCCGAACCAUGAAAAACAGCCCCAGACCUUUAUACCUCCUCCACCAAACUUUAAAGUUGACACCAUGCAUUGGGGCAGGUAGCGUUCUCCUGGCAUCGGCCAAAGCCAGAUUCGUCCGUCGGACUGCCAGAUGGUGAAGCGUGAUUCACCACUCCAGAGAACUUGUUUCCACUGCUCCAGAGUCCAGUGGCGGCGAGCUUUACACCCCUCCAGCCGACACUUGGCAUUGCGCUUGGUGAUCUUAGGCUUGUGUGCGGCUGUUCUGCCAAGGCAGCAAAAUUUAAGGCAGUUAUACAUUUUAAAAACAUCACAAUACAUUCAUAACAGAUUUCACAACAUAUUAAGCGUAUGCCCUCAGGCAUCUACUCUACUACCACAUAUCUAUAACACAGAAUUCAUGUGGACGUGUGUGUGUGUGUGUGUGUAUAGCGCGUAUGUUAUCGUGUGUUUGUAUGCAUGUGUCUAUGUUUGUGUUACUUCACAGUCCCCGCUGUUCCAUAAGGUGCAUUUUUACCUGUUUAAAAAAAAUCUGAUUCUACUGCUUGCAUCAGUUACCUGAUGUGGAAUAGAAUUCCAUGUAGUCAUGGCUCUAUGUAGUACUGUGCGCCUCCCAUAGUCUGUUCUGGACUUGGGGACUGUGAAGAGACCUCUGAUGGCAUGUCUUGUGGGGUAUGCAUUGGUGUCCGAGCUGUGUGCCAGUAUUCCAAACAGACAGCUCGGUACAUUCAGCUUGUCGACACCUCUUACAAAAACAAGGAGUGAUUAAGUCAAUCUCUCUUCCACUCUGAGCCAGGAGAGACUGACAUGCAUGUCAUUAAUGUUGGCUCUCCGUGUACUUUUUAAGGGCCAGGCGUGCUGCCCUGUUUUGAGCCAACUGCAAUUUUCCCAAGUCCCUCUUUGUGGCACCUGUAGUCUAGGUGCGACAAAACUAGGGCCUGUAGGACCUGCCUUGUUGAUAGUGUUGUUAAGAAGGCAGAGCAGCGCUUAAUUAUGGACAUACUUCUCCCCAUCUUAGUUACUGUUGUAUCAAUAUGCUUUGACCAUGACAGUCUGCAAUCCAGGGUUACUCCAAGCAGUUUAGUCACCUCAACUUGCUCAAUUUCCACAUUAUUCAUUACGAGAUGUAGUUGAGGUUUAAGGUAUGGUGAAUGAUUUGAUCCAAAUACAAUGCUUUUAGUUUUGGAAAUAUUCAGGACUAACUUAUUCCUUUCCACCCAUUCCGAAACUAACUGCAACUCUUUAAGUGUUGCAGUUAUUCCAGUUGCUGUAGUAGCUGAUGUGUAUAGUGUUGAGUCAUCCGCAUACAUAGACAAACUGGCUUUACUCAAAGCCAGUGGCAUGUUGUUAGUAAAGAUGGAAAAAAGCAAGGGGCCUAGACAGCUGCCCUGGGGAAUUCCUGAUUCUACUUGGAUUAUGUUUGAGAGGCUUCCAUUAAAGAACACCCUCUGUGUUCUGUUAGACAAGUAACUCUUUAUCCACAUUAUAGCAGGGGGUGUAAAGCCAUAACACAUGUUUUUUCAGCAGCAGACUAUGAUCGAUAAUGUCAAAAGCCGCACUGAAGUCUAACAAAACAGCCCCCACAAUCUUUUUAUCAUCAAUUUCUCUCAGCCAAUCAUCAGUCAUUUGUAUAAGUGCUGUGCUUGUUGAAUGUCCUUCUCUAUUAGCAUGCUGAAAGUUUGUUGUCAAUUUGUUUACAGUAAAAUAGCAUUGUAUCUGGUCAAACACAAUUUUUCCAAUUAUUUACUAAGGGUUGGUAACAGGCUGAUUGGUCGGCUAUUUGAGCCAGUAAAGGGGGCUUUACUAUUGGCAAUAUCGUCUGCUAUUAUCCUCAGCAAUUUUCCAUCAAAGUUGUCAGACCCCGGUGGCUUGUCAUUGUUAAUAGACAACAAUAAUUUGUUCACCUCUUCCACACUCACUUUACGGAAUUCAAAAUUACAAUGCUUGUCUUUCAUAAUUUGGUCAGAUAGACUUGGAUGUGUAGUGUCAGCAAUUGUUGCUGGCAUGUCAUCCCUAAGUUUGCUAAUCUUGCCAAUCAAAAAAGUAUUAAAGUAGUUGGUAAUAUCAGUUGGUUUUGAUGAAUGAGCCAUCUGAUUCAAUGAAUAAUGGAGCUGAGUUUGCUUUUUUUCCCAAUGUCAUUGAAGGUGCUCCAAAGCUUUUUACAAUAAUUCUUUGUCAUUUAUCCUUGUUUCACAGUGUUGUUUCUUCUUCUUUUUAUUCAGUUUAGUCACAUGAUUUCUCAAUUUGCAAUACGUUUGCCAAUCGAUUGUGCAGCCAGACUUAUUUGCCAUUCCCUCUUAACCAUAAAAUGUUUCAAUUCCUCAUCAAUCCACGGGGAUUUAACAGUUUUUAGUCAUUUUCUUAAUGGGUGCAUGCUUAUUAGUAACUGGAAUAGGCAAUUUCAUAAAUGUGUCAAGUGCAGUGUCUGUUUGCUCCUCAUUACACACCACGGACCAACAUAUAUAUUAUUUACAUCAACAACAUAGGAAUACACAAUAUUAGGCCCAGCCUUUGGAACUUUGGUUUACCUAGAUAUAGCUACUAAAUUAUGAUCACUACAUCCAAUGGAUUUGGAUACUGCUUUCAAACAAAUCUCUGCAGCAUUAGUAAAAAUAUGAUCAAUACAUGUUGAUGAUUUAAAUCCUGUACUGUUUGUAACUACCCUGAACCAGGUUGCAGGCACUGGUUACAGUUUGAAGCUUUCUCUUGAGUGGGUAGCCUGAUGAAAGCCAGUCAAUAUUUAAAUCACCCAGAAAGUAUACCUCUCUAUUGAUAUCACAUACAUUAUCAAGCAUUUCACAUGUUAUCCAGAUACUGACUGUUAGCACUUGGUGGUCUAUAGCAGCUUCCCACCAGAAUAGGCUUUAGGUGAGGCAGAUGAACCUGUAGUCAUAUUACUUCAACAAUAUUUAACAUGAGAUCUUCUCUAAUCUUCACAGGAAUGUGGUUCUGAAUAUAAACAGCAACACCUCCACCAUUGGCAUUUCUGUAUUUUCUGUAAAUGUUAUAACCUUGUAUUGCUACCACUGUAUCAUCAAAGGUAUUAUCUAAGUGAGUUUCAGAGAUUGUCAGAAUAUGAAUGUCAUCUGUUACUAGCAAAUUAUUGAUUUCAUGAACCCUGUUUCUUAAGCUACAUAUGUUAACGUGGGCUAUUUUGAGCACUUUUCUUCUGGGAUGCUUACUUGUUGUGCCAUGUUGAAAGUCACUGAGCUCUUCAGUAAGGCCAUUCUACUGCCAAUGUUUGUCUAUGGAGUUUGCAUGGCUGUGUGCUUGAUUUUAUACACCUAUCAGCAAUGGGUGUGGCUGAGAUAACAGAAUCCAAUAAUGAAAGGGUGUCCACAUAAUUUUGUAUAUAUAGUGUAUGUAUGCCCGGUGGGUUGUCAUUGCAGGCUUUUGAGUUUUCAUGUCUCUCUUCAGGGUGGGGUGUAUGUGUUCCAGCUGAUGGACUACUAUGCUGCUAGUGGCAUGUGUCUUCUCUUCAUGGCCAUCUUUGAGACGGUCUCCAUCGCAUGGGUCUAUGGUAAGUUAGAAUCCAAUUUAAAAAACAAAAAACAUCUAAUGGAACCGUUCAAAAGAUCUUUACACUAUAUCAAUCCCCCAAAGACAGAACUGUCACUGGUUUAAUCUGGUGUUUAUGCCAGAGUACAGUACAGUGUAUUCGGAAAGUAUUCAGACCACUUCACUUUUUCCACAAAAACAGUUUUUUAAAAAUGUUUGCAAAUUUAUAAAACAUUUAAUUAAUAAAUACCUUGUUUACAUAAGUAUUCAGACCCUUUGCUAUGAGACUAGAAAUUGAGCUCAGGUGCAUCCUGUUUCCAUUGAUCAUCCCAUGUUUCUACAACUUUAUUGGAGUCCACCUGUGGUAAAUUCAAUUGAUUGGGCAUGAUUUGGAAAGGCACACACCUGUCUAUAUACUGUCCCACAGUUGACAGUGCAUGUAAGAGCAAAAACCAAGCCAUGAGGUCAAGGAAUUGUCCGUAGAGCUCCGAGACAGGAUUGUGUCGAGGCACAGAUCUGGGGAAGGGUAGCAAAAAAUAUCUGCAGCAUUGAAGGUCCCCAAAAACACAGUGGCCUCCAUCAUUCUUAAAUGGAAGAAGUUUGGAACCAAGACUCUUAAUAGAGCUGGCCGCCCGGCCAAACUGAGCAAUCUGGGGAGAAGGGCCUUGGUUAGAGAGGUGACCAAGAACCCGAUGGUCACUCUGACAGAGCUCCAGGGUUCCUCUGUGGAGAUGGUUGUCCUUCUGAAAGGUUAUCCCAUCUCAGCAACACUCCACCAAUCAGGCCUUUAUGGGAGAGUGGCCAGACGGAAGCCACUCCUCAGUAAAAGGCACAUGACAGCCCGCUUGAAGUUUGCCAAAAGGCACCUAAAGGACUCUCAGAUUCUCCAGUCUGAUGAAACCAAGAUUGAACUCUUUGGCCUGAAUGCCAAGCGUCAUGUCUGGAGGAAAACUGGCACCAUCCCUACGGUGAUGCAUGGUGGUGGCAGCAUCAUGCUGUGGGGAUGUUUUUUAGCGGCAGGGACUGGAAGACUAGUCAGGAUCGAAGCAAACAUGAACGGAGCAAAGUACAUAGAGAUCCUUGAUGAAAACCUGCUCACAUCCUCAGACUGGUGCGUAGGUUCACUUUCCAACAGGAAAACAACCCUAAGCACACAGCCAAGACAACGCAGGAGUGGCUUCAGGACAAGUCUCAGAAUGUCCUUGAGUGGCCCAGCUAGAGCCCGGACAUGAAUCCAAUCUAACAUCACUGGAGAGACCUGAAAAUAGCUGUGCAGCGAUGCUCCCCAUCCAACCUGACAGAGCUUGAGAGGAUCUGCAGAGAAGAAUGGGAGAAACUUCACAAAUACAGGUAUGCCAAGCUUGUAGCAUCAUACUCAAGAAGACCAGAGGCUGUAAUUGCUGCAAAGGUGCUUCAACAAAGUACUGAGUAAAGAGUCUGAAUACUUAUGUAAAUGUCAUAUUUAUGUUUAGUUUUUUAUACAUUUGGAAAAAAUGUGAAUUACUGUGUCAUUAUAUGGUACUGUGUGUAGAUUGAUGAGAGAGAAAAAAACAGUGAAAUCCAUUUUAUAAUAAGGCUGUAACGUAACAAUGUGCAAGUCAGGUGGUCUGAAUGCUUUCCGAAUGCACUGUAUAUUCCUCACCUUUUGAUAGUACUGUUCAGAGACUGCUUCAUAGUCCCAAUUGUUGGCAUUUAUGUCCACAGCUCGUUUUAUGACCAAACCCAGCAUGGUUAGCCUGUCUCUCUGUUGUAUGUUGUUCCAGGUGUCGACCGCUUCUAUGAUAACAUCGAAGACAUGAUUGGCUACCGUCCAGGACCUUACAUUAAAUACUGCUGGCUGUAUGUCACACCAGCCACAUGCAUUGUGAGUGACCUACAAACCCAUUUAAACUCUCGUAUACAGUAUAAAAUGCCAUUCGUUAGGGAAAUAUUUUUUUCCUGACCAGGAAAAACUCUGGGACCUAGACAGAUCCCAUGAUCUGGAAAAACUCCAGUUAGAGUUGUAAACAUUGACGGCCCCAGUCAAGGCCCACUGCUAAAUCAAAUACUUGUUGUUUUCUCUAGGCCACCUUUGCAUUCUCCCUCAUCAAGUACACCCCUCUGAAGUACAACAAUGAGUAUGUGUACCCCUGGUGGGGCUAUGUGAUAGGCUGGCUCCUGGCUCUUGCCUCCAUGGUCUGCAUCCCUCUCUGGAUUAUCUACAAACUCGCCACCACAGAAGGAACGCUCAGGGAGGUGAAUUUAGGUUCCUUUGCUUACUGAACAUUUCCCCUUGACACAACUACCAAUUGGAUAUCACGAAAUUGGGGAGAAAAGGUGGGUAAAAUAAAUAAAUAAAAAAAGUAUGUGGACACCUGCUCGUCGAACAUCUCAUUCCAGAAUCAUGGGCAUUUAUAUGGAGUUGGUCCCCCCUUUGCUGCUAUAACAGCCUCCACUCUUCUGGGAAGGCUUUCCACUAGAUGUUGGAACACUGCUGCGGGGACUUGCUUCCAUUCAGCCACGAGCAUUAUUUAUUUUUGAAUUUUUUAUUUCACCUUUAUUUAACCAGGUAAGCCAGUUGAGAACAAGUUUUCAUUUACAACUGCGACCUGGCCAAGAUAAAGCAGUGCGAUAAAAACAACAACAACACAUAGUUACAUAUGGAAUAAACACUAACGUACAGACAAUAACACAAUAGAAAAUGGAAAAUCUAUAUACAGUGUGUGCAAAUGUAGUAAGUUAUGGAGGUAAGGCAAUAAAUAGGCCAUAGAGCAAAAUAAUUACAAUUUAGUAUUAACACUGGAGUGAUAGAUGUGCAGAAAAUGAUGUGCAAAUAGAGAUACUGGGGUGCAAAUGAGCAAAAUAAAUAACAAUGUAAAUAACAAAUGGGAAUGAGGUAGUUGGGUGGGCUAAUACAUAUGGACUGUGUACAGGUACAGUGAUCGGUAAACUGCUCUGGCAACUGAUACUUAAAGUUAAUGAGGGAGAUAAGUGUCUCCAGCUUCAGAGAUUUUUGUAGUUCGUUCCAGUCAUUUGCAGCAGAGAACUGGAAGGAAUGGCGGCCAAAGGAGGUGUUGGCUUUGGGGAUGACCAGUGAGAGAUACCUGCUGGAGCGCAUACUACGGGUGGGUGUUGCUAUGGUGACCAAUGAGCUAAGAUAAGGCGGGAAUUUGCCUAGAAGGGAUUUAUAGAUGACCUGGAGCCAGUGGGUUUGGUGACGAAUAUGUAGUGAGGGCCAGCCAACGAGAGCGCACCGGUCACAAUGGUGGGUAGUAAAUGGGGCUUUGGUGUCAAAACGGAUGGCACUGUGAUAGACUACAUCCAAUUUGUUGAGUUGAGUGUUGGAAGCUAUUUUGUAAAUGACAGCAGUUGGAGGCCACAGAAGGAGUGUUGUAUGGCAUUGAAGCUUGUUUGGAGGUUUGUUAACACAGUGUCCAAUGAAGGGCCAGAUGUAUACAAAAUGGUGUUGUCUGCGUAGAGGUGGAUCUGAGAGUCACCAGCAGCAAGAGCGACAUCAUUGAUAUACACAGAGAAUAGAGUCGGCCCGAGAAUUGAAACCUGUGGCACCCCCAUAGAGACUGCCAGAGGUCCAGACAACAGGCCUUCCGAUUUGACACAUUGAACUCUAUCUGAAAAGUAGUUGGUGAACCAGGCGAGGCAGUCAGUUGAGAAACCAAGGCUUUUUAGUCUGCCAAUAAGAAUAUUUUUAUCAAUCGCGGUUAUUAUAUCGUUUAGGACCUUGAGCGUGGCUGAGGUGCACCCAUGACCAGCUCGAAAACCAGAUUGCAUAGCGGAGAAGGUACGGUGGGAUUCGAAGUGGUCGUGAUCUGUUUGUUAAUUUGGCUUUCAAAUACUUUCGAUAGGCAGGGCAGGAUGGAUAUAGGUCUGUAACAGUUUGGAUCUAGAGUGUCACCCCCUUUGAAGAGGGGGAUGACCGCGGCAGCUUUCCAAUCUCUGGGGAUCUCAGACGAUAUGAAAGAGAGGUUGAACAGGCUAGUAAUAGGGGUUGCGACAAUUUCAGCGGCUAAUUUUAGAAAGAAAGAUUCCAGAUUGUCUAGCCCAGCUGAUUUGUAGGGGUCCAGAUUUUGCAGCUCUUUCAGGAAUCAGCUAUCUGAAUUUGGGUGAAGGAGAAGCGGGGGGGGCAUGGGCAAGUUGCAGCCGAGGGUGCAGAGCUGGUGGCCGGGGUAGGGGUAGCCAGGUGCAAAGCAUGGCCAGCGGUUGCAGAAUGCUUAUUGAAAUUCUCAAUUAUCGUAGAUUUAUCGAUGGUGACAGUGUUUCCUAGCCUCAGUGCAGUGGGUAGCUGGGAGGAGGUGCUCUUAUUCUCCAUGGACUUUACAGUGUCCCAAAACUUUUUGGAGUUAGUGCUACAGGAUGCAAAUUGCUGUUUGAAAAAGCUAGUCUAACUGGUUGUGUAUAUUGGUUCCUUACUUCCCUGAAAAGUUGCAUAUCGUGGGGGCUGUUCGAUGCUAAUGCAGUACGACACAGGAUGUUUUUGUGCUGGUCAAGGGCAGUCAAGUCUGGGGUGAACAAGGGGCUAUAUCUGUUCUUAGUUCUGAAUUUUUUGAAUGGGGCAUGCUUAUUUAAGAUGGAGAGGAAAGCACUUUUGAAGAACAUCCAGGCAUCCUCUACUGACGGAAUGAGGUCAAUAUCCAUCCAGGAUACCCGGGCCAGGUCAGUUAGAAAGGCCUGCUCGCUGAAGUGUUUUAGGGAGCGUUUGACAGUGAUGAGGGGUGGUCGUUUGACCGCGGACCCAUUACAGACGCAGGGAAUGAGGCAGUGAUCGCUGAGCUCCUGGUUGAAGACAGCGGUGGUGUAUUUAGUGAGGUCGCGCACUGAUGUUGGGCGAUUAGGCCUGGCUUGCAGUUGGCUUUCCAAUUCAUCCCAAAGGUGUUCGAUGGGGUUGAGGUCAGGGCUCAGUGCAGGCCAGUCAAGUUCUUCCUCACCAAUCUCGACAAACCAUUUCUGUAUGAACCUCGCAUUGUAUAGCACUUUCUGUAUAUCUGUUGAUGUAAAAAGGUUUUAUAAAUACAUUUGAUGGAUUGUCAUGCUGAAACAGGAAAGGGCCCAAACUGUUGCCACAAAGUUGGAAGCACAGAAUCGUCUAGAAUGUAUGCUGUAGUGUGAAGAUUUCCCUUCACUGGAAAUAAGGGGCCUAGCCCGAACCAUGAAAAAUAGCACCAGAUCAUUAUUCCUCCUCCACCAAACUUUACAGUUGGUACUAUGCAUUGGGGCAGGUAGCGUUCUCCUGUCAUCCGCCACACCCAGAUUAAUCUGUCGGACUGCCAGAUGGUGAAGCGUGAUUCAUCACUCCAGAGAACGCGUUUCCACUGCUCCAGAGUCCAAUGGCGGUGAGCUUUACACCACUCCAGCCGAUGCUUGUGUGCGGCUGCUCUGCCAUAGAAACCCAUUUCAUGAAGCUCCUGACAAACAAUUAUUUUGCUGACGUUGCUUCCAGAGGCAGUUUGGAACUCGGUAGUGAGUGUUGCAACCGAGGACAGGCGCUUCAGAACUCAGUGGUCCCGUUCUGUGAGCUUGUGUUGCCUACAACUUCACGGCUGUGCCUUUGUUGCUCCAGCACUUACAGUUGACCGGGGCAGCUUGAACUGCCUUGUUGUUAAGGUGGCAUCCUAUGACUGUGCCACGUUGAAAGUCGCGGAGCUCUUCAGUAAUGCCAUUCUACUGCCAAUGUUUGUGUAUUGAGAUUGCAUGGCUGUGUCCUCGAUUUUAUACACCUGUCAGCAACGGGUGUGGCUGAAAUAGCCGAAUCCACUAAUUUGAAGUGGUGUCCACAUACUUUUAUUUAUAUACAGUGGGGAGAACAAGUAUUUGAUACACUGCCGAUUUAGCAGGUUUUCCUAAUUACAGACCUCUACAUGCUUUGUAAUUUGUAUCAUGUGAGAGACGGAAUCUAAAACAAAAAUCCAGAAAAUCACAUUUUAUGAUUUUUAAGUAAUUCAUUUGCAUUUUAUUGCAUGACAUAAGUAUUUGAUCACCUACCAACCAGUAAGAAUUCCGGCUCUCACAGACCUGUUAGUUUUUCUUUAAGAAGCCCUCCUGUUCUCCACUCAUUACCUGUAUUAACUGCACCUGUUUGAACUCGUUACCUGUAUAAAAUACACCUGUCCACACACUCAAUCAUCUAUUGUAGAUAGAUCCAGAAGUAAAAUAAAAUAACAGUAGGGAGGCUAUAUAUACAGGGGGGUACCGGUGCAGAGUCAAUGUGUGGGGGCACCGGCUAGUUGAGGUAGUUGAAGUAAUAUGUACAUGUGGGUAGAGUUCAGUCGUGUGGUCAGGUGCCACAAAGAGGGAUUUAGGAAAAUUGCUGUUGACCAAAAACAAACUUACCAAUGCUCUGUAUCCAAGGUUUUAUGCUUCUUGCAGGACCUUUUGGACAGAGGGAAGGCUUUCUCCACUGUUAAGGUCUAUCUAGACACUAUCUCGGCCUGUCAUAUAGGCUUCCACAAAAACAUGGUGGGAAAAAAUCCCCUGUCAUGUUGUUUCAUUAAGGGGGCCUGUCGCUUACAUCCUGUUCCCAAGCCUCAUCAUGGAAUUUGUCUAUUGUGCUUGAGGCUGUUUCACAGCAGACGCUGGAAAGCGUGGAGAUGAAAUAUCUUCCCUUUAAGACCGCUUUACUGGUCGCCCUUAUGUCCACAAAAGCGAGUGAGUGAGCUACAUGAACUGUCAGUUCACAAUUCGUGCCUGCAGUUUGCCCGGGGAUUUUCCUGGGUCACCUUGUUGCCCAAACCCGCUUUUAUGCCCAAGGUUAGCGACAAUUACAAUUGUCUUGUCUUGGAGCUUGUGCCUUUCCACCCGCCUUUUUUAUGGAAGAGGAGCGGCUACACAAUUUCUGUCCAGUAUGCGUGUUGCACAUAUACUUGGAUAGGAUGAGAACUUUGCGCAAGAGCGACCAACUCUUCGUGUCUUGGGCGCCUCCCUGAAAGGUGAGGCCCCUCUCAUCAGCGGUUGUCUCAUUGGAUUGUGGAUGCUAUUAUAUUGGCCUAUAAUAGCAAGGGGUUACAGACUCUGGAGGGCCUAAGGGCUCACAUCACCAGAGGUAUGGUCACCUCUUGGGCACUGUUUAAGGGAAUCUUGCAGGAGAUUUGCGAUGCGGCUUGUAGGGCAUCCCCUCAUACUUUUAUGUGGUUCCACCGACUAGACGUCACUGUGCCUUCAUUGGCACAUACUGUCCACAGUUUCGGGGCCUCUGAGGGUUGAUAUUGAGACUGCCUGGCUUCAGAGAGCAUGUGCGAUACAGAAGUUGGCCAUAUCCCACAGUGAGAUGUCGAAUCAAAUAAUUUAGAGAACUUAAGGUUACUAGUGUAACCUCACUUCUCUAAUAUUAUGAGUGUGACAUCUCACCCCAUUCCCCUACUCGCAAGCUUGUGAGGAAGUUUGUCACGUUCGAGAGUGAUCAGAGGGAAGCCGAGUGACUCUUUAGUAUGAGGGGAGGGGCUCACUCAUUCGCCACACGACCUGUCUGUGUUCAACAGUUGUGUAUGAUUGGUCCUUCGAGCUACUUAUUCUGGAGAACCCCACAGUUAAAUGUCUCACCCAUAUUAUCAGAGAACCGGGGUUAAGCAAGUAACCUUAAGUUUCUCAGUCCAGUGUUUUUAUGACCAUUAUGUUUCAUUCGUCUAUGAUACACAACAUUACUAACAUUAUCUCAAACUGCUCAGUCCAUUAUGCUUUAUUCAUUUUUCUCAUUUUCUCUGCAGCGCAUUCACAUCCUCCUCCAGCCCUCUAACGACCUACCCAAAACCAAGAGAGAACAGGAGAGGAUGCUGGCCACCUUCGCCCCCAAGGGCGAGGGAGGCAUGGAGCCAGUAGGGGUACCAAACAAAGAUGGCUACCUCCCAGUGGGGGUGAAGGACUCAAACUGCUAA